AUGCGACGGCUACCGACUACGCAUUCCAGCAUCUACUCAGACGAUGUUUCGGAAGACCGCCCAGCAGGAGAUGCAGCAGAUCGUACUGCAUCUCCAUUCUGGCGAAGCAGCUCCGCUGCCAGUCAGCGCGACAAGCGAUCCUCGACUCCUCCCGUCAUUGGUGCGACCUACAGCCAUGCCGACAUCCUCAAGUUUGACAGCCUAUCGUUGUCAGGCGACUCGAGACCGCGCACACCACCGUCAACAUCCCGCAACAAAAGUACACCGCCUCCGAAGACCGGCACGGUGACUCCUACACCACCAAGACGAUUUCAUUCUUCCACAGACGACGAUUGGGCACACGAGCAGGAUUUGCCAGACCGUGAGGACCCACUGGCCUACGACGACGACGAAGAUGAGUUCGGAUUACCCAGUAUAGCCUCUAUGCGGCGCAAGGGCAGGCGGAUACAGGACAAGAAAGGCAAAGAUCCUGGUGGUGGGCAGCCAGGCUAUCGCAACGGCGCAGGACCGAAUGGAGCGCUAUCAGCCUGGGCAUUGGACAAUGGUGAUGUGGCGGAAGAGCGCGUGAUACCUUCGUACCCUUCAGCGAAGAAGAACGAAGGCAAGAUGUUGCGACCACAGUACAAGGACAUUCUGCGAGAUCCGGCAAACUCCCUACACUUGAUCAGCCAUCCUUCUGCACCGGUCAACGCGACAGCGAAAGCAUUAGAGGCGCAUUCGGCACGCAUCACGCGCAUAAACAAGUUCAAGAAGAUCCUGCAAGCAUCGUCCAUAAACUUGCCAGAACUACGAGACUCAGCGUGGUCCGGUCUACCCUCCGAGGUUCGCGCAAUGUCAUGGCAGCUAUUACUAGGCUAUCUCCCGACAAGCAGCGAACGCCGAGUCGCGACCCUGGAGCGCAAGCGCAAAGAAUACUUAGAUGGCGUUCAACAAUCCUUCGCUCGGACGAACACCACCAGUGAGCGAACAGGGAAUGGCGGCAGAGGUCGGGGUUUGGACGAGGCAAUAUGGCACCAGAUCGAAAUCGAUGUUCCUCGCACAAAUCCGCAUCUCGAGCUUUAUAGCUACGACGCCACGCAACGGAGUCUGGAAAGGAUACUGUAUGUCUGGGCAAUACGACAUCCGGCUUCAGGCUACGUACAGGGAAUCAACGACUUGGUGACACCCUUCUGGCAAGUAUUCCUCGGCCAGUAUAUCACAGAUCCUGAUGUCGAGUCCGGGAUGGACCCUGGGCAGCUACCGAAACCUGUGCUUGAUGCAGUAGAAGCGGAUAGCUUUUGGUGCCUCACGAAGUUAUUGGAGGGUAUUCAGGACAAUUACAUUCACGCUCAGCCAGGCAUUCUGCGGCAGGUCAGUGCACUGCGCGACUUGACGGCGAGGAUCGAUGGUGCGUUGGCAAAGCAUAUGGAGAAUGAAGGCAUCGAGUUCAUUCAGUUCUCGUUCCGGUGGAUGAAUUGUCUACUCAUGCGAGAAGUCAGUGUGAAGAACACUAUCCGAAUGUGGGAUACAUACUUGGCCGAAGACCAAGGUUUCUCCUUUUUCCACCUCUACGUCUGCGCCGCCUUCCUCGUCAAAUGGUCCUCGCAGCUCCAACGCAUGGACUUCCAGGAGAUCAUGAUGUUCCUACAGUCUCUGCCCACGAAGGAGUGGACGGAGAAGGAUGUCGAGCUCCUACUCAGCGAGGCCUUCAUCUGGAAGAGUCUGUUCGCCGGCAGUCAGGCGCAUGUGAUCAAGCAGGCGGGUAGUGGCUUCAUGAAUCUAUAG